GCUAGAGAGACACAUCGGGGUGUGUGAUCCACAGCAGAUGCGGAAUUAUUGCAUUAAACAGCCAUCGUUUCAGUGUCUUAACCAUAGAGACACUGCAGCCUCGACUGACAUUCAUAAAGCCAUAAUGUAUUUUUAAUAAAAACGAGAAGAAUCAUGUUCGUGAACGCGGCAUUAGUCGUUAUUUCUUUAUUGAUGGGAUUUCACGUCACAGGGGGCAUCUCUGAGGACGAUGACGUUUAUCAGAUACCGCAUCGACGCAUAGCUAAUGGAAUGACUGGCCCCGUAUACCAGCACAUGGGUGUCCUCAAUCAGGGAAAGGGCUUGGGAUUUCAUGGGGAAUUGCUUCAGACCCAGUCCCGUGGUCGGGUGGCCAAACUGAUGCCUUCAGUCUUUCUAGAAUCCCAUUUCCAAAGACCUCCCAAGAGGCAGUCAGAGAACUUCCUUCAAAACAUCGACCAUGUGGAGAACAAGCCCGUAACUGCCCACCACAUGGUCACAAUGGAGGAAAAUGAUGACAUAGAACUAUAUGUGUCAUCUGUUGGAGUAUCAGAACCCAUGGCCCAUGAGGAAAUGAUCCAGUUGCUCAACAUCAACACCCUUCACCACAGCUCUGGGCCGGUUGGAACCACUGAGGCGUCCACUGAGAAGAAUGUUUUCAAAGACCACCAUGAGAAGAACAGCAUCUGGGGUAAAGACGGCUUCUAUGUGCUGGUUAUCUGCCUCACAAUAUUCAUCAUCAUCUUCACCUGUUUAAUGGUGCUUUACCGAAUAAAGGAGAAGGAAUUCUUGGAUCAGCAGCUUAAAGAGCCAUCCCCACCUACCCGCGACGUGCAGCUGGCACCUAUCCCUGUUCAUGGUGCUCAGCCUCCUCUGACCCUCAAGAACAGCAUGGUCCAGGCCAACCAGACGUCCAAACCCAGUGCCACCCAUUCUACCAGCAGCACAAGCACCCCGUCCUGUAACAUUAGCAUCCAUCAAACUUCCAGCGUGACGACGUCAGAGCCGCAGUGCCCAUCCAGCCACUCUGUGGCUGAACUCAAACCCAGUGUGUCCUCCACACAUUCACCCUUUAGGAUGAAGCCUGUUGGAGGCCUGCAGGAGCGACGAGGAUCUAAUGUCUCUCUGGUGCUGGAUAUGAGUUCUUUGGGUUCAGUGGAGCCUUUGAGUUGUGGGGUCGUGACCCCACGAGAGCGUGCCACUCAGGAAUACCUGCAGUCAGCCAGUCGGGUCCUCUCACGGCAACAGCUUCGUGACAUCGCAUUGAACACCCAGAGGCUGCACACAGAAUUUGUCGAAAUUCCCAUGAACUUUGUGGAUCAGAAAGAACUGGAUAUCCCAAAUCAUGGAUCAAAAAAUAGAUACAAGACCAUUUUGCCAAAUCCACAUUCCAGGGUUAUUCUGAAGACUAAGAACUCAAACGACCCGCUCAGCAGUUACAUUAAUGCCAACUACAUACGAGGCUAUCUUGGAGAUGAGAGGGCCUUCAUUGCCACUCAGGGUCCAAUGAUCAACACGGUGAAUGACUUCUGGCAAAUGGUCUGGCAAGAGGACUGCCCUGUCAUUGUCAUGAUUACAAAAUUGAAAGAGAAAAAUGAAAAAUGUGUUCUGUACUGGCCUGAGAAGAGGGGGAUCUAUGGGAAGGUGGAGGUCUUCGUUAAUAAUGUGAAGGAAUGUGACCACUAUAUAAUCCGCUCCCUUAUACUAAAGCAUGGAGGCCAGAGUCGUAAAGUGCAGCACUACUGGUAUACCUCAUGGCCAGACCAUAAGACCCCAGAGAGCGUUGGACCCCUGCUGCAGUUAGUUAAUGAUGUUGAGCAGGACAGAAGGGGCUUUACAUCCUCUGGGCCGGUUAUUGUACACUGCAGUGCUGGAAUUGGUCGGACGGGGUGUUUCAUUGCUACAACAAUUGGUUGUCGUCAGUUGGAGCUGGAAGGAGUUGUGGAUGUGCUGGGAAUUGUGUGCCAACUUAGGACAGACAGGGGUGGUAUGAUCCAGACUGAGGAACAAUAUGAAUUUGUGCAUCAUGCCUUGAGUCUCCAUGAAAGCCGCCUUCCUGCCGAGCCUGGACAAUGAAUUUUAGCACCUAGAGGAGCUUCAGUUUUCAUACCAAGAGAUCUGCUAUUGCCAUGAGGCGUCUGAAUCAAGAGAGAAGGCGCCAGAUAGUGUUUGAGAAGAUGGAUUUUGUCAUGUGCGUGUCAAGGCAAGGGUUGCACACAUCUGAUGUUGUCUGGAAGCCGGUGUUGUCGGCAAAUGUAUUACUUGUCAUAACUUUUCAAUAGCCUCUGUCAGCUUUUCAAGGCUCUCAAAUGGUUUUGCCACUAGUGUUAAAGUGUAUCAGUGUCAUUGUACAAGGUCCAGUUCCACUAAAUAAUGCUUUUUUUUAACAGUAUACACAGCAUAAAGACUUUUAAAUCAGUUUUGCUUCAUUUUUUCCUGAUUAUAGGUUGCAAAACACCGUGGGCAUUUUAAAUAUACUGAAUUGUCUUUAUGCUGCAGUAUAAAUGAGGUAUUAAUAUUCUGUGUAUGAUAGUAUGAUCAUGUUUUAUCAGAAUACAUAUUCAUUUUUCAUUUUUGUACCUAUUUGUUAACAGUUUGAGCAUAUUCUUCUGCUGAUGCAGAACACGAUUUUAAAAUAUUUUGACUGUUUCCUGCGUUGCUGCUGCUGAAUCUACAGCUGCGAGUUUAAAGUCGGAAUUGAAUGUUAUGAGAGACUGGAUGCCUCAAAAUUUAUAUUGCGUUGUCAUCGCUGUAAUGCAAACCAACAGCAAAACCAGCAAACAAAUGACUCAUAUGAGCAGGUUCUUUUAAAUAACAAACAAAUAUGGAAUUCAUGAUUUUUCCACUCUGUCUACAGACUUACUAAAUCUGUCACCGAUCCUUAUGGAACCGGAAUUGAGUAGAUUAAAAUUGAAUUUAAAAAUCCUUAUUAUUAGGGAAGAGAAUCAUAGAAAAAUUAACUAAUUGAAUAAAUAUAUAAAGAAAUAACAACAAAAGCAAAUACAUUUGAGAAAAGUAUAUAAUAUAGCUACAAUUUUGGAGAUUUUAUUUUUAUCUAAAGGUAAUGUUAUUUUAGUGUCUUAUUAAAAAUAUUACCCCCAAAUGUAUACAUUUUUAGUGUAUUUUAGGGUUCACGUAUCCCGGGACCACAAGGGUUUUGCUGCUAAUACUGCAGUUGUUUAUGGCUUUAGGAAUUAACUGUUGUAUGAGAGUGAAUAUUUCUAAGACAUUUGUUUUCUAUUGUAUUUAUUAUUAUGAAAAUUAUUGUUAUUAUUACCUGAUACUUUUAUAAACUAUGGUUAUCGUCAGUGUGCACUGUUACGCUAUAUAUUUUCCACUAUGUGGGCUUAAUGUUAGGCAGUCAGUGACUUUUUCCUAUUUAUGCUUAAUGAUGAUUAAUGUGAAUACUCUCAAUAAUAAACAAUCUAUCAUAACCACAAUACCAGUAUUAUAAUCUGCACAUAUAGAUGCCUCAAACAGUGGGGGUAGCAGUAUAAUCUGUUUUAAUAUGAAACUUUGGUUGUGGUAGAAUUAAUUAGUCUCGUAUAAUGGGAUGUAUAUUAUAAAUGCAUAACUUGGUCCUGAUAAUCUUUUAGAAGAUAUUUGUUUAUGCUAUACAGAUAGUUCUUUGCAUUUAUAUCGUGUGUUCGGUCCUAUUACAAUGUUAAACCCUCACCUAAAGCCAUAAUAUCUCAUGUUUACAUUUUUGGCAGUGCAAGUUCAUCAAAUAUGCUUAUUCUGUUAUUAAAACCUGUCAUGUGAAGAAGUGUUUUUGUAAAUAAAUAAGUGAAACUGCCUAGUCAGAAAGCAAAGUACAGAAACUAUGAUUCUGACUUUAUGGUCAUUACUGCCAAUAAAUUAACCCUCGGUUGUCA